AUGCCGGCACGAGAUGAAAGUGUGGGCGGCGAUCUACCCAUGAACGACGAUAUAAUCACCAUCAAUACGCAGUCCAGCACUCAAUGGGAUGGCUUCAGGCAUCAUGCGUGGGCCCAAAAUGGCGGUUUGCAGACCCGCGGCGUGCUUGUCGACUGGGCCGGCUGGGCUCGUAAGCAAGAUAUACCGAUCAACUUCCUCGAAGGUUCAAUCAUCCCUUUGGACCACGUCAAGGCCAUCAUCAGCGAGAAAAAGAUCGAGCUUCGCCCGGGGGACGUGCUUUUCAUCCGCAGUGGCUUUGCCGAAUUCCUCAAGGCUUUGUCAGUUGAGGAUCAAUUAAACAUCUCACAAAGAUCUCCGCCAGAAUACAUCGGUCUUGAAUCAACCAAAGCGACUCUCAGGUGGUUUUGGGAGAACCAACUCUCAGCUGUUGCAGGUGACACGGUUGGCCUUGAGACGAUGGGAGGGUCGAACACGGAGUAUCUUUUGCACCAGUGGCUCUUGGCCGGGUGGGGUAUGCCGAUUGGAGAGCUGUUUGACCUUGAGGAAUUGGCGGAGCGCUGCGCCCAGGAGGGGAGGUAUACUUUCUAUCUUUCCAGUGUUCCUGUAAAGAUGCCCGGAGGAGUGGCAAGUCCGCCAAACGCUGUUGCAAUUUUGUAG